GGUUUUCUCCAUUCACAUAUCCACUUUUAUUUUUUUUAAGUUUUGUUUAUUAAUUGGAUUCUUUUUUUACAUUCUAUAAAUGUUUUUGUUUUUUGUUUUUUUCCUUCUAGAUCAAAUCCACACAUUGAUCAGUGUGACGUAACUAGAGCUAGUGCAGUGCUGGAGAAUAUUGUGAGAUUUAGCCUGGAUAUUAAUCUGUCUUCUGGAAAAUAGAUUUCUGAAAUGGCCAAAUCAUGCAGAAAACUAAUAUUUAAUAUUUAUAUGGGAUUUUACUGUCCAACAAUCAUACCCAAAAUAUGCAUUUGUUCUCAUUUUUCAAUGCCAUCUAUUGAUCAGUUCAAUAAGGGCCCUGGGGUAGUAGUCACCAACGGGGAACCAUUUCUUUGGAAUGAGCUAAGGUUCCCCAGCAUGGUCAUUACCCUUCACUAUGUGGUCCAUCCAAAUCUUACCUCCCUGGGCUUUAUCACAUCUGAGAAAUUGGUCAGAGAUGCCGCACUAUAUAUCAUCUUGCACAGCAAAGAUCUUGAAAUCAUGAAUAUCAUCCUUCGAUCAGAGGAAGAUUUGAGACACAGGAAACCAGGAAAAAAGCUGAACGUUUUGAGUUUUGCUGCUCAUCAACAAAUUGCACUUCUGGCUCUAGAGAAACUCAUGGCUGAUUUGAGUUAACCUGUGGCCAUUGACCUCUAGGCCAAGUCAGCCGGUGGUUUCGAAGGGCUUUAUAAAAGCACAUACAGAGCUUGUCGUGGUAAAACAAGAAUAAUUGCAGUAAUGGAUUUUGAGCCAACCCAUUCACGGAUUGGUUUUCCUUGCUUUCAUGAACCACUGUAUGUAUCCAACUUUUCAAUCACGAUAAGAAGAGAAAGAGGACACAUAUGCCUCUCUCUCUGUCCCAAAAAUAAAUAAAAAACGUUGAAAAAAAAAAUUUAAAAAAAAGAAGAUCAUUUUGAAACUACGGUAAAAAUGAGGACAUAUCUUAUAGCCUACAUAGUUUGUGAUUUCAACUCUGUGAGUGGCACAACCUCGUCAGGGGUCAAGGUGUCUGUGUACACAUCCGCGGGCAAAUGGAGUAAAAAACAUUAUGCCUUGGAAGCAUCAUUAAAGCUCCUUGAUUUUUAUGAACAUUACUUUGGUAUCAACUAUCCACUCCCCAAACUGGAUCUAGUUGCCAUUCCUGACUUUGAAUCUGGAGCCAUGGAAAAUUGGGGCCUCAUCACGUAUCAAAAAACAUCACUGCUCUUUGAUCCCAAGACCUCUUCUACUUCUGAUAGACUGUGGGUCACCAAAGUCAUAGCCCAUGAACUAGCACACCAGUGGUUUGGCAACCUGGUUACAAUGAAAUGAUGGAAUGAUAUUUGGUUCAAUGAAGGUUUUGCAACAUACAUGGAACUCAUCUCACUUAAUGCUACAUAUCCAAAGCUAUAAUUUAAUGAUGCUUUUUUGGAUGUUUGUUUUGGAGUGAUUGAACAAGAUUCAUGAAAUUCAUCCUUUCCUAUCUCCAAUCAGGCAGAAACUCCUAUUUAAAUACAGGAAAUGUUUAAUGCAGUUUCCUAUGAGAAUGGAGCUUGUAUUUCAAAUAUUCUCAAGGAUCUCCUGAGUAAGGAGAAAUUCCAGGAAGGAAUUAUUCACUACUUAAAGAAGUUCAGUUAUGGAAAUGCCAAAAAUGAUGAUUUGUGGAGCAGUUUGUCAAAUAGUUGUUUAGGUAAUUUUACAUCUGGUGGAUUUUGUUAUUCUGGUUCCAAGAUGACAAGCUGCACACUUGCCUUUCUGGGGGAAGAUAUGGAGGUCAAGGAGAUGAUGACUACGUGGACUCUGCAGAGAGGAAUUCCCCUCAUUGUGAUUGGACAAAAAGGACGUUCACUCAGGCUCCAAUAGAUAGGUUUUCUGAGCAGGGUUUUCAAAGAUGACCCAGAAUGGAGGGCCCUACAGGAAAGGUAUCUUUGGCAUAUUCCAUUGACCUACUCCAAUUCCUCUAAUGCGAUUCAUGGACACAUUCUAAAAUCAAGGACAGAUACUCUGGAUUUAUCUGAAACUACCAGUUAGGUGAAAUUCAGUGUGGACUCAAAUGGCUACUACAUUGUUCACUAUGAGGGGCAUGGAUGGGACCAACUCAUGGAACCAUCUAAACUGCAUCAGAACCACACGCUUCGCAAACCUAAGGACAGAGUAGGUCUGAUUCAUGAUGCAUUUCAGCUGGUAAAUUUCAGCAAAAUUUCAUAUGAUUUCAUAGCAACCUAUACAUGUAUGCGUUGUCUAAAUUUAGCAAAAGGAACCCUACAGUUAUCAGUGGAAAACAAUCAGUGGAAAAACAAUAAUAAGAUUUGGCAUUACCUUCUUUGAUAUUUUAAGCCGGUGAUUGACAUGCAAAGCUGGAGCAAGGAGGGCUCAGUCUGGGACAGGUUGCUUGCCUUGACCAUCUUAAAACAGGCCUCUUACCUGAACCAUGCUUCCUGCAUCCAGAAGGCAACUGAACUCUUCUCUCAGUGGAUGGAAUUCAGUGGAAAAUUAAACAUUCUAACAGAUGUUUUAAAGAUCGUAUAUUCCGUGGGUGCUCAAACGGCAGUAGGAUGGAAUUACCUUUUAGAGCAAUAUGGAUUGUCACUUUCAGGUGCUGAAAAAACCAAAAUUCUGUGUGCAUUGUCAACCAGCAAACAUCAGGAAAAGUUAAUGAAAUAAGUGCACUAAUUUAAAUUAUUAAUUGAACUAAGAAUGGGUGGAAAGGUCAUCAAGACACAGGAGUUGGUGCCUCUUCCUCAUGCAAUCUCCAGAAAUCCAAAGGGACAGCAAUUAGCCUGGAAAUUUUUAAGAGAAAAUUGGGCCCAUCUCCUUGAAAAGUUUUGACUAGGCUCAUUUGCCAUGAGAGUGAUCAUCUCUGGAACAACAUUUCACUCCUCUUCCAAGGAGUUACAAGAGGUGAAACUGUUCUUUGAAUCUCUUAAGGCCCAAGGACCAUAUCUAGGUACUUUUCAAAUUAUUCUGGAAGCCAUAUCCAAAAAUAUCAAGUGGCUGAAGAAGAAUCUUCCCACUCCGAGGACUUGGUUACUGGUUAGUAUUUAAAUGAUCAAUAGGAAGAGCACAUCAGAUGUGGGCAUGAAGUCAGCAAAGCUCAGGUCAAAGUCCUGGAUAUUUUGUCUAAAACAGUAAGAAGCCUCAACAAAUCAACCAGCACAGAUGCCUGCUCUCAGCUGUUGUUUCUAGCUGACAGAUGUAUGAUUGAGGUAGGGGAAGGCCAGUUCAGUAGGCUAUUUAAAUGUAAACUUCCUGAAUAAUGGAGAUAUGUGGAGAUGGAGAUAUAGAUGUAUAGACAUAGCUGUAAUAGAUUAGCCGCACCACAGACUACCUACAUUGCCUUAAAUCAUGACAUUCUUUGCUUCUUUGAUGCUUUUUCUAAUCUUGUUAUGCAAACUGGAGUUUGCUCAGUUUUAUCUUCAAGGAAACAUAGUCAAUUCUUUUUUUAAAAUUUUUCAUUUGCAUUUCUUCAUCUCGUUGCCUUCUUCUUCCUUCAUCUCAGACUGAAUAGUUCAUUUGAUUUUUACUAUUCAUGGAAAAUCAGAAUCAAAUUAUGAAGUUUAAGGAUCAGGAACACAGAGAAUUUGUCAUCAGAUGUCAGAUUAUUAGAAACUAGAUGUCAGCGUUUAUCAGUGAAGCUGGGAGGGCUGCUUGACUUGAACCUCACACUCCUAAAGAACCUCAGAGACAGCCUUUUGAGGUCAUCUCCAUAGGCAAUAAAAUCUGCAGUCACAAAGGUGCAGGAGAGAAAAAUGAUGCCUCACUGCUUUAACCCAUACACUAAUGUAUUGUUAAUACAUCUUUGGAAAAUUGCAAAAUUAGACUGUACUGUGUAUAUUUCUGGUUAACUCAUGGUUUAAUGUAAAUAUUUCGAUGAAUCAUCAUAUUGUAUAACCCAGUUUUAGUGUUUCUUCAUAUUUUAAGAGAAACUCUUGAUCUCUGAAGUGCUUUUCUGGAUCCUUCUUUUAAUUGUGUU